ACUAGUUUCCUUUAGCGGCGCGUUAUAAACACGAGCCCGCGGCGAGCGUUGCAGUGCGCGAGAGUGGACUGCAACAUGUUCACAGUGUGUGUUCUUGUGGCCAGUGUGCUGGCUGGAUCCACGGCGUCCUCUCCCAAAGAUGGACCAGUGACGGUGACUCCUUCGGGCUCCAUCCGCGGCUCGUGGCUGGAGACGAGACGCGGGCGGGCCGUCCAGGCCUACCGCGGCAUCAGGUAUGCCGAGCCGCCCGUCGGGGAACUCAGGUUCCAGCCUCCGAAACCAAUCGUGAAGUACGACAAGGAAGUGGACGCGAGUCAGGAAGGCCCGGCGUGUCCGCAGCCCACUCAGGGCGACUACUACGUCGACGAGGACUGCCUCAGGAUCAAUGUUUACACCCCCGAUAAUAAGAGCAAGAAGCCUCUGCCGGUGAUAUUCUACAUGCAUUCGGGCGGGUUCUACUCUAUAUCUGGCAGAAGCGACGUGGCCGGACCACUGUACCUGCUCGAUAAAGAUGUGGUUCUCGUCACCAUCAACUACCGACUGGCGUCUCUUGGUUUCCUCAGCACGGGUGACGACCUCGCCCCUGGGAAUAACGGCUUCAAGGACCAGGUGGUGGCGCUGCGCUGGGUGCACAAGAACAUCCGAUCGUUUGGAGGGGACCCUAACAAGGUCACCAUCAGCGGCUGUAGCGCUGGAUCCUUCAGCGUUAUGCUGCACAUGAUUUCACCCAUGUCUAAAGGCUUGUUCCACCGCGCACUCUCUAUCAGCGGCUCCCCGAUCUCGCAGGUGGCGGACCGCCGCGACAUGUACGCGCUGGCCGUGAAGCAGGCCCAGCUGCUGAACUGUCCUACCAACAGCUCCAGGGCUAUCAUCGACUGCUUGAAGACCAAGACUUUUACAGAGCUGGGCAAUUCUUUGGAAGGAUUCUUUCUACCCGGCUACGACCCCGUGCUCGUGUGGUCUCCCGUGGUGGAGAAGGACUUCGGCCAGGAGCGGUUCCUCACCAUGUCUCCGGGUCAAGCCGUCAAGCAGGGCGAGAUGCAUGCAGUGCCGUUCAUUAUCAGCCAGACUCAGGGCGAGUUCUUUUGGAAGGCAUACACCGUUCUCAGAAACAAGACAAUUCUAGACUCGUUCAACGCCGACUGGCGCCGCUUGGCGUCCGUGGGCUUUCUCCUCGGCGAUCACCCGACCGCUGCAGAGCGCUUGAAGGCAGCUUAUCUGAAUGACAAGAGGCUGGAGAACAACGCUGCGAUCGCUGACGGGUUGGGGAAGCUGUAUGGAGACUCGCUUAUUGGCUUCGGAGUGCACAGGAUGGCGAACUUGAUGAGCCGGCACUCCCCUCACAAGGUGUGGUACUACGAGUUCAGCUACGUCGGCCAGCACAGCCAUUACCAAGACCCUACUACAGGAAAACCUGAACAGGCGGCCCAUCACGACGACCUGAUCUACUUGUUCUCCCUGCCGGCUUCCUUCCCCACCAUCAACGCUACUGACAGUGAAGACUCCAAGAUGGUGGACAAAAUGACCACGAUGGUCUACAACUUUGCCUUACAAGGCGACCCGAACCCCCCGGGACUCCAGCCCGAGUUGCCAGGCCUGCACUGGCCGGCCAUGACGCCUUCUUCCAGGAAGUAUCUCCGGGUGGACAAGCAGCUCUCUGUCCAUGAGAAUUUGUUCGAAGAUCGGUUCAAGAUCUGGGAGGAGCUGUUCCCGAUGCAGUAUUAAUACCUAAUCGGAGAGCAUUCCCGGUUUCAAGUUUCAGACCUGCAGCUUCAGUUGGAACCCAGGGACCGCUUUAGUACUUAUUGUUCUCCACUCGCACGGUCUAAGAUAUCGUAGUUUUGGGACUAUUAUGAGUGAUCCAUUGGAUUUGUAUACGAGUUAUUUAAUUUCCUAUUUAAUUAUGAUGUUUAAUGUAAUAAUUUAUAAGCGUGGGUUGUAAAAAAAUACUAAUAAAUAUAUGUAUUAAACUAUAUGUAUAAAAUAA